GCCGGCUGAGCACAGCAGCAGGCAGACAGAGAAAGUGCAGGGGACAUUUCGAAGCGGUCAUUGAGCAGCAUCAAAGAGGGGAAGUUCAGUGAUUGCCCGGGAACACUGUUCUGCAAACUCCAUCCAAACUCAUUGCAAAAAACUUUCCGCACUAUUCAAGAGUUUUUUUUUAUUGCAGAUACUAUUUAAAAGAGUUUUAUUACCGCAGAUUAAUCGUGUUCACAGACGAAGAUUAACUCUUUAGCAACUGAAUUUUUUUGAGAUUAAAAGGACACACAACGUGGCAAGAAUUUGACAAAACUUUUGAUUUUCAAACACAGCCGAUUGGUGUUUGUGUGGGCGAAUCUGCCUGUCUUUGGUUUGGGAGUAUCGGUGCUGGCUUCCCUCCAUGCUGCUCUGAAAAUUGGCUUGCUCUGACUGGACCUGUCCCGGUACCCACUGUCUUGCUGCUAGAAGGCAGUGGAACUCACAGCACAGUUUUUGUCAAUCUCUUUCAACUAUUUGCAGGUUUGCACAGUCGGAUCCACACCAAGCCAGCAUGAACGGUGCUGUUCGAGUCCUAACACUCCUUCUCGCCUUGAGUAGCGCUGGGUCCACUCAAUCCCUACUCGCCCAUCUUAGCCCUGAAGAUUCUCAACUCCAGGAUAGAUCGGGACAGGGAAAUGAGAAAACACCAGGCGCUGGGCUGGGUCCUGAUAUGAGCCCUCCUGAAGGAACAGUGAAUCGUGCAGAAUCCAUCGGACCCUUAAGAACAAUGGUAGCUGAGAAGUCUUCGAAAGAAACACCUACUGUGAGAACCAGGAAAUCUAUUGGCAAGACAAAUGAUCCCGAAAAAUCUCUUCCACAAGUAAGAAAGAGACGUGAAGAAUCAGAUAGUCUGCCAAUAGUGACAGCUGAGAAAAUGACAAAACCAAGAGGAACACCCAAAAAGGCCAAGAAAGAAAAAAAGCCCAAGAUAAAGGCUCCAAAGCCUAAGAAAGAGAAAAAACCCAAAGAGAAACCUCCAAAACCAAAGAAAGAGCGAAAACCCAAAGACAAAAAUUCAAAACCAAAGAAAGAGAAAACCCCCAAAGAAAAGCUGCCAAAAUCUGAGAAAGCAAAGAAACCCAAGAAACCAGUUGAAAAACUUGAGCCCACAAAGGAACCUUUGCAUGAAGAAGAAAAGCCUCAGCUACCUUCACAAGAAGAGGAAGAAAAGUCUCAGCCACUGGAAGAACACCAGGAAAUUCAAACUGAGCUUGUCACAGAAAUGAUGGAAGAAAUUGUCACGGGCCUGGAAAUAUUUGAAUAUGACCUGUGGCCAACUGAACCACCUGCCAUGCCAUUCACACUACCAUCUUAUGUUGAAUACGACACUGAGGAAAAGGAAAUCAUUGAAGAAGAGAAAACUGCUGAACCUACAGAAGCUGCAGAAGUCCCAACUGAGUCAUUUGGAGAGAAUUAUGAUUAUGGAAUAGAUGAACAUGUGGAUGAAUAUGGGUGGAGCACACCAGAUGAGAAAGAUUAUGACACAACUCUUGAUGAGGAGCUAGAAUUUGAGUUGGAGAUUGAUGAACUUGAACCAGAUGAAUAUGGAGAGUUGCAACCUAAAGAGCCCGAUCUUGAUGAAAUAUAUGACUAUGAAGAUCUCGGGGAGGCAUAUACUUGGAAUGAAGAAGACUUUAUCCCCAAGAAACCUGAUGGGAGGAUUCCAGAGGAGACAGAACCAGACGAAUAUUUGCCACCACUGGGAAAAAAAUGCCCUCCUCUGGGUCUUGAAUCCCAUCAAAUAGCUGAUGAACAAUUGACAGCAUCUUCUUUUCUGAGAUAUGGAUUAGGUCCACAACGUAUUCGAUUGAAUAUCCAGGCAGGUGAUGAGGAUGAAGAUGAAGAGGAUUAUUAUGAUGGGGCUUGGUGCCCUCAAACAGAGGACCAGUCACAGUGGAUUGAAGUCGAUGCCAGAAAAUUGAUUGAAUUCAGUGGAGUGAUUACCCAGGGCCGAGAUUCACUGCUGCACAAUGACUGGGUGAGUUCAUUCUAUGUGCAAUUCAGCAACGACAGCCGUACCUGGAUGACGUACACAGAUGGAUAUUAUGAUUGGCUAUUUUAUGGGAAUGUGGAUACUGACACUCCAGUUCUGAAUGAAUUUCCAGAAACCGUUGUUGCUCGCUUCAUCCGAAUUAAUCCACAAAGCUGGAAUGGAAGUCUGUGCAUGAGAAUGGAGGUACUCGGCUGUCCAGUGUCAGAUUCCAAUCAAUAUGAACCCAAUGAACUGAGUCCAGAAGAAGGUCUUGAUUUCAGGCAUCAUAACUACAAGGAUAUGCGACAGCUGAUGAAGGUUGUGAAUGAACAAUGCCCAAAUAUUACGAAGAUUUACAACAUUGGGAGAAGUUCCCAAGGACUGAAGAUCUAUGCCAUGGAAUUAUCGGAUAACCCAGGAGAGCAUGAACCUGGGGAGCCUGAAUUUCAUUACACAGCUGGGAUGCAUGGGAAUGAAGCAUUAGGCCGGGAGUUACUACUGCUACUAAUGCAAUUCCUGUGUAAGGAAUACAUCUAUGGAAAUCCCCGGAUCACACAUAUAAUCGAUAGCACAAGGAUACACCUUGUACCCUCUCUCAAUCCAGAUGGUUAUGAACUGGCUCAUGAAAUAGGGUCAGAACUCAGCAGCUGGGCGCUGGGGCACUGGACAGAAGAAGGACAUGAUCUCAGUGACAACUUUCCAGACCUCACCUCAAUGGUCUGGAGCGCAAAAGACCAAACAAGAGGUUCACGAAAAGCCAUCACUCACCACCUUCCGAUACCAGAGGAAUACCAAGCAGAAGAAAGCGCGGUUGCGAUGGAAACACGUGCUAUCAUAACAUGGUUAGAAAAAAUCCCUUUUGUCCUUGGCGCCAAUUUCCUUGGAGGGGAACAAGUGGUGACUUUCCCAUACAACCUGGGCAAACCUCAAGAGGAGGAGGAGGAGGAGGAAGAGGUGAGGCGAAGGCAACAGAGCAGAGACGAUUAUGAGGAAGAUGAAGGCGAAAAGAUACGUUACAUGGAAACACCAGAUGAUGCAAUAUUCCAAUGGCUGGCUAUUUCUUAUGCUUCUGCACAUCUUACUAUGACAGAAACAUAUCGAGGCAAAUGUCACACUGAUGAUUUUACCAAUGGCUUUGGAAUCAUCAAUGGGGGUGCAUGGCAGUCAGCUGUUGGCACCAUGAAUGAUUUCACCUAUCUGCACACGAACUGCUUCCAGGUCUCCAUUUAUGUCGGGUGUGACAAAUUCCCUCACGAGAGUCAAUUGGCAAAGGAAUGGGAGAACAACCAGGAGGCACUGCUCUUUUUUAUGGAACAGGUCCAUCGUGGCAUCAAAGGAUUUGUUCGAGACUUGGAAGGAAAUGCAAUUGCAAAUGCAACAGUGUCAACAGAAGGGAUAAACCAUGACGUACUGACAGCAACUGAUGGGGACUACUGGCGAAUAUUGAACCCUGGUGACUAUCGCAUCACUGUGAAAGCAGAGGGUUAUGCACCUAGUACUCGAGUAUGUCAUGUGGGAUACGAGAAUGAGGCCACCGAGUGCAACUUUAAUUUACGCAAAUCCAACUGGCACAGGAUUCAGCAAAUCAUGGAAGAAUUUGGACGCAAGCCCAUCAAUGUGCUGUUGACCCGGGGAAGAAGAGUAAAGAAGAUCCGGAAGAUUCGGGUGCGUGCUGGACACCGGAAACAACACCAAAACCAGACGCAGACUUCAAAAUAGAGCAUCUAUUCCCUUGCACAUCAUGUGGAUAAACAGUCUUUGUGUUAUAAGACAGAGGCUCUGUGAUGCAUAAACACCUGCUUGUAGAAAUCAGUCACCAUAACAGUGAGAACAAGAUUAUGAAUUACUGUCCAUUAAGUUUCAUUAGAGUUUGUAUCAUACCUAAAACCUAAGUUUUAGUGCAAACAGAUUUCAUCUGAUGAAGAUCCUAACAAAUUAAUGCGAACUUAAUCUGAACUACAAACUAUUAGCCCAGAACCAACGAUGUAAUGAUACUGAUGUAAUGUUUUCUGGCUUGCUUGGAGGGAUGUAUUUAAAGAGUACGUUCACAGCUAUAGUCCAACAUCGCUCCAAACAGAUAGAGAGUGUUAUCUGGGUCGACAGACCACAUUUUCGGUGCAAUCCAAUGGCUCCCAACAUUAGAACCAAAACACACCCAUACAAACAACUGCUCAGGAGAGGGACAUUAGAACCACAGCCUCCAUUAGCUUCCCUUGCUCAUAAUCAUGUAUUUCAAGUUUGUGUCCCAGAAAGAUUACUCCACAAGAAUAUAUAAUUGUUCCUGAAACAAAACUAACCUGAUACAGUAUUUGAAAUCAAUUUACUUGAUGCAACAGUUCUAUUGAAGACAAAUCUUAAAAACCCCAUGCCCAACCCUUACAAACUUCAUGACCGAACUGAAACCAUACAAGGCUCCACAAAGUUUCAAAGCACCGACUUCACAUGGGAAGCCAAAACUUAAAACCCAUGGACCUCAGGCACAACAAGGGUUAUUGCUUCAGAUUCAAGCUAGAGUCACAUGGUUCGAUUUAAAAAAUAGAGUUGAAUUAUCAACACAUGAAAUAACAAAUUGGCUUUGGAGACGAGUUAAGUCAGAGUUAAAUAACGAGAAAGCUUUCAUUCACAUAUCUCUAAAAUGGAUACUCAUUUCAAGAGCAACCCACAGAUCACUGCUGAAUAGUCUUGCCCCUUUGUUGUACUCAGCAGACUGGGAUAUCGUUAACAAAAUGCUUGUUAUGUGGAUAUUGAAUCAUAACACACUUGCUUCUAAAACAUUGAGCAGAUGAACAAAAUAGAACUGGCACUCCCACAGCAGCAAACACACGUGUAGACAUUUCAGUCUUCUCUGGUAAACAGCUUCCAAGGUGCUUAUUCUAACCACGCAUUAUCAUCCCUCUGAUAUGAAACUCUACAUCACCAAAUCAUUCAUGAUCUUUGCAAAGAUACGUGAUCAAUCGUUGUUUCAAUAAACAGAACAAUCUAUUUAAUAAAAUUUUAGAUUCUACUACUAUGACAAAUGCAGAAAUUAUCUUCAGGAUAUCACAGCAGCUGUGACUGUACUAAGGUGAAACACAGAAAACUCCAGAAUCAAGUUCUACAUUUGAUUAAAAAAAAUGCAUGUAAGUUUUCAUCUAAAUGUACACUACUUGCAAUCUGGCCUGUUCAGUGACUUGCAAAUUUCAACAAUGCAUCUUCAACAACAAACUUUUACUGGUUUUUAAAAAGCAAAUGUUUAGAGUUGUGUUGAUUGAUUUGACGCUGAACCAGUCAACAUGAAAGUUUAAGAGUGGUGUUCAACUUCACUUUGGGAUUUUUGGUGGAAAGAUUUUGUUUGAGACAGCUCUAUUUAAUAUUGCAAUUAGAUUUGUUUUGUUGUGCUAAUGUUAUAGAGAACAUUUAUUUUAAAAAUAUUGGAAAAGCAAUAUUCUAAAGGAUUGUUCUGCCCUUUCAAUGAAGAGUUCCUUUAUGUCUUAAAGUUUCUCAACCUAUUUUUGCAGAAUAAACAACAGCAAACAAUUAACUCA